CCAGGAAGUGAGUCAGAGAGGGAGAGGGAGAGGGAGGGAGAGACACUCGCGUAAUUGUUAUUGUCUGCAUUUAAAUCGACGGGCUGAGAGAAUAAGAAAUAGAGAAGAUCACGCAGGGACUCUCCUGAUCCGCGGGUGUGUGUGUGUGUGUCCGCGUUUUGGUGACUCUUUCUCGGCUCCUGUAGUCUAGAAGCAGAUGUGUGCAGGAAUCGCGGGGACCCGCCGCCUUCCUCCCCUGUGCAGUAAUUACACGAUACAGGCAGCACUUCACUGUAAUCACCGUGUGAGAGUCUGCAGAGGACUCGCUCAGCAAUAACACAAAGAGAGAAACAACGGAGAAGGGAAAAAAAGAACUUGGGAAGAUUGUAAUUCUAGGGAAAAAAUAACGUGAAACACAGACAUGAACGAGGAACGCAACAGCGCUGCCAAACCUACAGUGAAACGUGAUGAUGAGGAGUAUGAGAUUUCAAUUCCCUUUGAAGAAAAUAAUUUUGAGCAGACUGAUUAUUACAGCCAAUCAGAGAACACUUUUGACGAGAUCUCAGAGCCCGCCCCCAGCUCGUACAUGGUGGUGACAAAUCUUCGAACCCAGCUCCAGAUCUCCCUGGAGAAGAACUCCUGGCUUCAGAAGAGGAUUGAGGAUCUGGAGGAGGAGAGAGACUUCCUGAGGUGUCAGCUGGACCGCUUCAUCGCAUUCACCAAAGGGGACCAAGAAGGUGAUUCCAGAUCCUACUCAUGGGAGAGACGCAGAGACAAUGACCCCUCCUCCUCCUCUCGCAGGUCUGGUUCCUCCAUGCUCUCUCGCCGCUCGUCUCUGCCUGCCGCUCCGAGUCAGCCCCCACCCCCCCGGCACCAUCCCAGCUCCCAGCAUGGCUCCAGAACCCAGUCCUCCCAGCAGCACCAAGGGUCCAGCAACACCAGUAACAGCGCCACCUCCACCACGGCUUCCUACCAGCAGCAGAGCACAGCGGGAAACCAGUUAAAUCAGCUGCCAGGACUGCAGGGUAAGAGGGCUCUGAAGGGUGAUGGAAUGGGAGGGCUGGGAUUUGGGGCGAAUGGAGAUGAUCUGCUGGGAGAGGAAGAGGAUGGGCUGUGGGAGGAAGAGGAAGUGAUGUCGGGAGAGGAGGCCAUGUCGGACCGAGGGAGCGGUGCCUCCAAGAGGGGCAUGGCCUCGGCUAAUGGUCACCAUGGUGUCAAGAGGAGGCGCGUCAUCAGAAUCUCCAGAGAGAGGCAGAGAGUCAAAGACCCAGCAGGCGUGCUGUUCCGCUACAGGAAGAUCCUCCUGACCUAUCAGAAGCUGAAGAACAUGACAAAGGCGUUCCAGCACCACGGCGUGGACCGGAACACCGUGGCCUCGACCACGCCCAUCGCCGAGCUGCUGCUCGUGGCCCCUGAGAAGAUCGCAGAGGUGGGAGAGUUUGACCCGGCCAAGGAGCGGCUACUGGACUACGCGCGCCGCUGCUACACCUCGCUCGACGAGGAGACCUCGCUCAAAGUGCAGGCCUUCAAGAAGAACAACCUGCUGCUGCCCAUCUCCUACCGGUUCAAACGCUAGAGGGAGGGGGAGGGAGAGAGAAAAAACGACCUGCUCUUCUCAUACAGGUUCAAACACGAGAGGAGGGGAGAGGGGAGAACAACCUGCUGCUGCCCAUUUUCUACGGGUUCAAACGCUAGAGAGAUAAAAACACACAACUUGGACAACCUACUGCUGCCCAACUUCUACUGCGCCAGACAUUAGAGAGAGGAGGCAAAAGGAGAGGAAAGAAAAGAGAGAUCUUCUACAGAUUCAAACACUAGAGUGAGGGGUGGGGGGGUAGUAAGAGAGCUUCCUUGUGAUUUUCAUAGCGUUUGAAGCGUGAGAAACAGAGAGGGAGGUGAAUCGAGCUGCAGAUUGGAGAGAAGGAAAGGAGCUUUAAACGCCAUGCUUCACUUUAUUUCUACCCGUGAAAUAACACAGUUCAGAAAGUGCGCUAAAUAUAUUCAGGAAAGUGAGAGGGGCUUCAAACAUAUAUUUUUUUAUUUAAAAAUAUAUUUAAGAAAAUAAGUUUUGCUGUGAAAUAUAUUUUAAGAAAAUAUCUCAAUAUAUUUUUUACAUUUAAGUCACUACAUUUAUUGUAAAUCAGUAUGAGGCGCUACCCAUCUCUGAAACAGUCACAGCGUGGACGAGGUGAAAAAAACCCAUAUAUUCAAAUCUAGGGACUAGUUCAAAAAUAUAAAUACAAAUUCAAAAUGGCAUUUAAAGUUGUAUACGGUCCUUAAAGCUAAAAAGUAUAAAACAAACAUAUCAAAAAUCUACACCAGUUUUUUCUGAAACACUAAUAAUCUCGAAAACUUUGAACCUGUAACGUUUAAGUAGUUAGGCUCCAUUUUCAACAUUUUUUGUUUUUUUUUCAUCAGAGACUCUAGUAAAUCACUCUGAUGUUUCAAAGUACUAUUUCUUUUAGAGCCGGGCUCUUUAGCAACCUGAAUCCUGUUACUGUGCACCAGAUUGCAGGGCUUUCUGCUCAAUGUCGUCGUUCUCAGUUUAUUGUGCUUCGGAGCAGCAGCCGGGGAGGAGGUAUCCAAGCUGAGGAAAAUCGAACGCAACGGGCGUCAAUCAAACCUGACGCUUUCUUAUCGGUGACUCUGGAUAACUCCGUCCCGCCCGAUCGCAGCUCAGCUGGUAAGAAACGCCUCCUGAACUGAAAGCGGUGAAACCUGCAGUGUGAUUAACGAGAUGUUCCACUGAAGAACCCGUCAAACACUCUAAAAAGGGGAGGGGUUUAUUAAACUAAACAAGCUCUAGCGGAGCUUGAUGUAAUUUCUCACCUACACUGCUGCUGCAAUAGUAGGCACCGUCACAAAAAAUAUUUUAAACUAACUUUUUUUUUGUGUGUUGGACUGCAAGGUGCUUCAGGUUCAAAAUGUAAUUUUUUUUUUUAAAACGCAUUAACUUGUAAGGGGGAUGUGUCCGGACUCCCUUAUCUUUAAAACACUAACUGCAGCAAAGAGCUAACUGUGACCUUAGCACGUCUUGGUCACUUUAUUAGGACCCAUCCCUGCUAUCGGGUCACCGUUUGAUCUCCGCCUUGAAAGGGCCUCGACUCCACAAGGUGUUGGAAGGUGUCUCUUGUUCCGCUCCCUCAUUAGUAUUGCCUCUCUGAUCCUCCUCUUCCCCCUCGCUCUCUCUCUUCACACCCCGUUCCCUUUGCCAUUGAUGAUCCACUCAGAUGAAACUCAAGAGCAGCCGAACCAGCAGGACUGUCCUUCCUAUUGAUUGCAGUUCCCUCAGCGGAGCUCUCAUAAUCAUGUCUACACUAUAUCGGGUACAGCAGAGUGGAACCAUGAUUAUCCUGCCCUCCUUGCAAAUACAUCACUAAGACGCAUACACACAGUAGUCUCUGGCUAAGAGGCAACCCCUCGGGAAGCAAGCGAAGUGUUCUCCUGACCGUGACACAGAAUGAUCACAGACACAAUGUACCAAGGCCAAUAACUGUAUGAAUCAAACACAUUACUUCUCUCGUGAUGCACAUGUGUUAACGAAAUUAGAAAGAGAAAAGCAAUAGGCAAGCAUAUGUUAAACUAUAACCAUAACCUAACUGAAACUCCAUUAACAAAACCCCUGCAUACAGUACAAAUGCAGCACUGGCUCUAGAUUACUCUCACGGUGACAAGUCAGUUUUGAAAAGAUUGAGCAAACUGUUCGAAUCUGAUUUUGAUGAUGAUGAGUUAUCAGGUUACAAAACAGUCCUGUAUCGGUCAGCAGCGAAUCGCUAGCAGUGCCAGAAAUAUCAUAUUUUAAGAGAAGUUCCUUAGGAGGUGUUCCUAUAUGAGGAGACUACUACCUCUAUCUAUCUAUCUGUCUAUCUCUAUAUAUGUAUCUUACUGCUGUGUUGUUUUUAUUCACUAGGGGGCAAAGUGUUGCAGGGUAAUAAUGCUUAAACUCUGUGGUGUAUCUUGCAUACAUAUUAAACAACAAAGUAGCACUGAAUUUAGAAAUACUAAAAGAAACUUCUUCAGUGACGAGCAGUGUAGAAUUAGAUUUGAAUUCCCACUCUGGUAUACCUGAUAGUGAGUCAGAGCUCUGUUGAGGACACAGGAAAGCAUACAAAGUGAAUCUAAACUACAAGAACAGUCCAUUGCUUAAGAUGACUGAGGUUUCACUGCUGUACCAAGUCGCUCUUUCAAAUGUAGUUUAAUGUAAUUUUAGCUGACAAAAUAAUUCCCUGAAUCUGACCUGUCCUGCUCUUCCAUUCGCUGCAUGGCUCUCAAAUGUGCAGUUUAGAAAGAUGCUGGAUCUUCAUGUUAUAUCUGCUGCUGCACUGGGUUAAAGGAAGUUCCCACUUUCCAUGCCUCACUCACAGGAAAUCUGUUACACUUGCACUUCCUAGGUCAGCAGGGUCUUCCAGGUCGCUGUCUGACAGCGUGUCAGUCAACAGGGGAAGCGGCAGCUGAUUGGUCAAUGAAAGAAGCCGUUGAAGGGGUGUAAUGUCACCCUCCAGGUGACCAAGGAAGUGUUACACGAUCUGAAAGCAGGGCUUGUGCAAACAGAUUUCUUUACCCUGGUGUAGCAGCAGAUACCGUGAAAAUCCAUGUGUGCUCCAACAUCUUCCUAAACUGCGGAUGUGAGGCGUGUGUAACGAAUUGAAGUGUAGGACAGCUCAGAUUCAGGGAAUGUGUUUGUUAGUUACGAGCAGUUUUUAAUAAAGUUAGGAGAGGAAGUGCAGAAAAUGAUCUAUAAUAACGAUACUGAUGCAAAAAUAAAGUGUCUUCUAUUUUGUUUUGGGUUUUUUUUAUAUUUUGAACCGAUUUGAAUUCAGUAAUUUAAAGUUGUAAUCAAUAGUUAUAAAAAGUAUGUUUAUAAAAAAACAAAAUCUUGUUGAUAUUCGUACUGAGAAAUUGAUAAUAAACAUUUGUUGUUGUUCUGGGGAAA